AUGGAUCCAAACAGUAGUGAAUUGGGAACGUCCGAAAUCAACCCGCCAUCACCAGAUCCACAUCGUCCAGCUUCUCCAAAUCGUCCCUUCGAGGAAGAUGCCGGAGAUGAAGUCGAUGAAAUCGACGAAGGAAUGGAACACCUUCUCGACGCCCAAGGAGACGCUGAUGAAGGAGAGGGCGAUGAACUCUUCGGCGAUGGAAUGGAGAAUGAUUAUCGAGCGAUUCCGGAGCUGGACGAUUAUAGAGGCGACCUCGACGGCGAAGAAAUGCUGGACGACGCCGAAGUCGAUGAUGACGAAGAUGCACGAGCGCGAGCAGAGCAAGACCUGAACCGACGAGAUCGACGCGAAGGUCGAGGAAUGGAUCACUUGAUAUACGAUGACGAAGAUGACGAUGUGGAUCACUCUCGUCGACGAAGACGCCUCGAUCGUUACGAAGAUGGCGCAGAAGAGUACGAAAAAAUUGAAAACAUCGAAGACACAAAAGGACACUCGCUUCUUGAAUGGGUCCAAAAACCCCAAAUCAACAAAGAACUCUACCUUCGUUUCCAGCAAUACAUGCGCACAGCCAAGGACGAAAACGGCCACCCCAUCUUCAAAAAGGCCAUCUACGAUAUGGUGAUGGACAACCGACAGUCGCUGGAAGUGGAGUUCACGAAUCUCGCUUCCGAAGCCAACUCGCUCGCUUACUUCUUGCCAGAAGUGCCUGAAGUCAUGCUGCAAAUCAUGAACAAAGCUGCCACCGAGUUGGUGACCAACUCCUUCCCCCGCUACACCAACAUACAUUCCGAAAUUUUCGUGCGCAUCACAAAGCUACCACUCGUCGAAGAAAUCAACGCUCUGCGACAGCUUCACUUGGAGCAGCUUAUCAAGACUCACGGUGUCAUUGCUUCCACAACUGGUGUUUUGCCCCAGAUGAGAAUGGUCAAAUUUUCCUGCCUCAAAUGUGGCGAAAUCGUUGGCCCAUUUGCGCAGGGACAGAAUCAGGAAGUCAAGCCAGGAACAUGCCCUCAGUGCCAAUCAUAUGGACCCUUCGAGGUCAACAUGGAAGAAACCAUUUAUCAGAAUUAUCAGCGAGUCUCUCUUCAAGAGUCGCCAGCUACAGUUCAAGCCGGCCGUCUUCCUCGAUCGAAGGAUGUGAUCCUGCUCGCGGACUUAGUCGAUUCCUGUCGACCCGGUGAUGAAGUCAGCAUCACUGGUAUCUAUUCCCACUCAUACGAUGGCUCGCUCAACACGAAAAACGGCUUUCCUGUCUUCUCCACUGUCCUCCUUGCCAACCACGUAAUCAACUCACAGGCCCGCACCACCAGCUGCGCUAUCACAGAAGAAGAUAUCAAAAUGAUCCGCGCGUUGUCGAAAGAUGAGCGCAUUGGCGAGCGAAUUUGCCAAUCCAUCGCUCCAUCCAUCUACGGCCAUGACAAUAUCAAGCGAGCCAUUGCUUUAUCACUCUUUGGCGGUGUUCGCAAAAACAUCGACGGGAAGCACAGACUGAGAGGCGACAUCAACGUCCUCCUUUGCGGUGAUCCCGGAACUGCCAAGUCUCAGUUCUUGAAAUCGACGCAGAAGAUCGCUCCAAGAAGCGUCUAUGCUACUGGACAGGGUGCCUCGGCUGUAGGUUUGACUGCUUACGUUCAACGACAUCCAGUUAGCGGAGAGUGGACUCUUGAAGCUGGUGCGCUUGUACUGGCCGAUGAGGGAACAUGUCUGAUUGACGAGUUCGACAAAAUGAAUGACUCAGAUCGAACAUCAAUUCACGAAGCUAUGGAACAACAGACUAUUUCCAUCUCAAAAGCCGGUAUCAACACUCAGCUGCAGGCUCGUUGCUCAGUCAUUGCCGCGUCCAAUCCUAUCAGCGGUCGGUACGAUCCUUCUAUUACUUUCUCCGACAAUGUCGAUCUCACUGAGCCUAUCCUCUCUCGUUUCGAUGUGCUUUGUGUUGUGCGGGAUACAAUUGACCCUGUUCAAGAUGAGCAGCUUGCCCGUUUUGUUCUGCGAUCGCACUCGCGAAACCACCCUCUUGCCGAUGAGGAAGAAAGGGAGCAAGAAGAAGUGAUGAUUCAAUCCGAUUUGGAUAACAUCCCAACCGAUUUGUUGAAGAAAUACAUUCAGUACGCGCGAAUGAAGGUGCAUCCAAAGCUCGACAUGGAGCAAGACAAAGUGGCGCGAAUGUACGCCGAGUUGCGACGAGAAUCGAUGGCGACAGGUUCGAUUCCAAUCACUGUUCGUCAUAUUGAAUCCGUCAUCCGUCUGGCCGAGGCGAAUGCGAAGAUGCAUCUCCGAAACAUGGUGCUGGAAGAAGACGUCAACAUCGGCAUCCGAGUCGUUCUUGAGUCAUUCAUUGAGACGCAGAAAUUCACUGUCGCCAGACAGAUGCGAAAGACCUUUUCAAAAUAUCUCAGCUACAAACGAGACAACAACGAAUUGUUGAUGUUCUUGCUCAAGCAGCUGAUCAAGGAGCAGACAUUCUACCUCCGAAACAGAUUCCAGCACGAUUUGGACAAGGCGAACAACGUAGAGAUCUCAGAGAAGGAUCUGCUCGACAAGGCUAGACAGAUGAACAUUACAUCUUGCAAGGGCUUGUACAAUUCGGCGAUUUUCCGCAGCCACAAGUUCGAGUUCGACAAGCAAAGGAAGGUCAUCCGACGAGUCAAGGAAUAA